GUUGUUGUUUCUGCGUGUUUGGAGAAAGAGGAGAAAGGGAGCGCGAGAGCAGAGCCGGCGACUGGCUGGCUGGGGCCGGCAGGAGCGGGAAAUGUGGUCCGGGGUCCCAGGGGUGGGCUCGGCCGCCGCGGCGGCUGUGGGCGCCGGCGUCCUCGUGCUGCUGUUGCUGCCGCUAGUGGUGAGGCAGCUGCUGAAGCAGAGGCGGCCGGUGGGCUUCCCGCCCGGCCCGCCGGGGCUGCCUCUCAUCGGCAACAUCCACUCGUUGGCCUCGGAGCAGCCGCACGUCUACAUGAAGAGGCAGAGCCAGCUCUACGGGCAGGUACUGCAGCCGCGGGGGCGGGGGGGUGGUCCCGAGGAGAAGCUGUCCCUGGGGAGACCAAGCCCCCCUCGGUCUAAUUCUUACACAUUUGCCACUUCCAGACCCCUCCGUUAAGUUGUAAGACGAGGCUUUUGCGAUUCACGUGAAUAAGCCUGGAUCUGAACUCUUUCCACAGCUUCACUUUCAGAUCUGGGUUCAAGUUUCGCUUCCUCUCUGCCCAAGGCUGUGCUUUCCUGCCCUUGCAAGACAACCGGAUCAGUGUCUACUCUAGAGUUGGAAGGGGCAUGUAAUCUCAUGGCUGAGACCUGGAGGGUCAUCUAGUCCAAUCCCCAGCAAGUAAUCUCAACCCCGGUCCCAUCUCAUUUGAAACCAUACCGGACCCUGCUUAGCUUUGCAAAUGUACUAGUUGUUCUAUUGCUAGAAGAAGUUGAGCCCCAUUCAGUUAAAUGAGAAUGCAGUUCUACACCCACUUAACCUAGGAGUAAAUCCUGUUAAGGCUAAAGCUGAGUAGAUGUGUAUAGGAUUUCACUGUUAGCCUAGUGGCCAACUUGCAAGAGUUGUUGUUGGAGGCACUUUACAAACAAAAGAAUUAUAUAAGACUCACCUUGCAAGUGAGGAAGUCAUAAAGGCUUCGUUACAUUGACCAGCUUUUAUGUCAGGAAGGUUUAGGAGGCUAUUCUAAGCUUAGUUACGGUACUUGGGAUUAAGUAUCGCUGAAAUCAACGGGACUUUAUUUUAAACUCACUUUAUGUUUGGGCUGUUGCAUAUUUGAACUGCAGUAACAGGAUGUGGUUUAUUAUUUGCCAUUUUGUAUUGAGUCUUGUUGUGUUUGGCACAGAAUUCUUAAUAUAUAUAAAGUUUGCAGUACAAUCAUGAGACUUGGUUGCAUCAUAGUUAUUAUUAAAUACUAUUUUGUAAAGGUGUGCACCUGCUUUUUUCAGAAAGCUGCCUAACUUGUCAACCAAGCAUACCAGUGCAGUAUGUUGCUAAUACUGUCUGUUAAUACAGCUCCAAGUUCAACAUUUAAAAAAAACAACUGGCUUUACAUAAACCCUGUGACGCUUGUCAAAGUGGGCUGGGCUUUGUGUCUCAACUCUGCUAGAUAUUUAAGAUGCCACAGGAAUCUUUGUUUCUAUUUUACAUGUUGGACUACAGUACCAAACUAACUCAACCUCAAAACUGCUUAGGUUUGAGAUGUGAGUUAGAGGGCUUUCUUACUUAAAUUUCUAAGAGAAUGUGGCAAGUUUUUAAAAACUGUUAUAGAACAGGGGAAGGAAGUCAUCAGUGAAAUGAGCAUGUCUUCCCUUUGCGGGUAACACUGAACUUGGGGCACUCUCAAUUUAAGCAUCGUCCUGCAUGCCAUCCAGAUUACUAAUCACCAACAUACACCAUGAAGCUGCAGCCAAUGAAGACUCUUAACAUAUGUUCCUGAUGGUAGGGGAUUUAAGCCUGUUUGCCUUUCAUAUUUAUUGAGCGGAGCACCGCACAGCCACAACUCAGAGUUAAAUAUACUUUCCCAAGAAAUGACGAAGUUGUUACUUUAGUUGUCUGCUGCUGCAUAGUGAUGACAUGCUGGUCUGUAUACAGAAUAGCAUCCAACGCUGCUGCUCCAUGAAUGGAACUUUCUCCUCCUUUUCCUGGCAACACCCUGCAUGCCCUCAAAAUCAGCUUCAGAGGUUGGAAAACUCCACUGAUGCUGCUUUGGAGACAACCAAUAAUCUCCCACCUUUUUGUCUUUAAAAAUUAUCUCCAGGACAGCUAGAAAAUCUUGAUAAAAAACAUUUACAACAAAUUAAAAUGUAUCAACAGCUGCUAGAAGCAUAAACUCGGUUGGAAUGUUGACAGUUUACUAUCCUACAGGCUCGUUGCCAAUUGCUGUAUACAGGAUGUUUUCUACUGCAGGGAUGCAAAGAGGACAGUCACAGUGCCUUGAGUUUCUUGUGAAAAAAUAUCAUUACUUAUAGGAACAGGAAAAGGAGUGACCACUAGGACUUUUCUCCUUAAAAGUUUCCCUUUAAUUGUUUGUUUGUUUGUUUGUUUGUUUGUUUGUUUGUUUAGUGAUCAUAUCAAUCAUAAUGAGUCACAAAUAGAAACACUUUCCUUUAGCUUAUGAAAAGGAACAUUUGCUGACAGAAACUGGAAACCAAAAUCAGAAUUUUAAGCUUUAUGCAAUUUUUUAUUAAUUGCAAAAAUAAUGAUUCCAUAUUCAGCUAUUUGAUCAGUACAGAAAAAUGAUAAAAUAUACUUUCUUGUAUGGUAUACAAUUAAACCAUGGUAUCCCACUAUGUGAAUAAGCCUGCAUAAGCCGCCUCCUUCACAUACCAACGAACUAACCACAGUUCCCUGUGGCGUCUUAAAUGUGGCUUGUCUGGACCAGCCAAGUAUUUAACAACUUGCCUGGUAACCUUAAGUGAGCAGGAAUUCCAAGCAAGCAAGAGGUUUGGCUCACUCUUAAUCUCAGGGUUGUGGGUUUGAGCCUCACGUUGGACAAAAGAUUCCUGCACUGCAGUGGGUUGGACUAGAUGACCCUUGUGGUCCCUUCUUACUCUAGAUCUGUGAUUUUAUGAUUCUAAGUCUGGCAGAGGCAGGACAGAUUGCUCCAUGCCUCCUCCAAUAGUCUACUGUAGUCUACAAUAGGCAAACUCAGCCCUCCAGAUGUUUUGGGACUACAAUUCCCAUCAUCCCUGACCACUGGUCCUGUUAGGGAUUGUGGGAGUUGUAGUCCCAAAACAUCUGGAGGGCCGAGUUUGCCUAUGCCUGGUCUACUGCUAGCAACGGAGGAAGGAGCAAGGAUCAACCUGUCCUCCCUGCUUGUAGAAGAAUUUUUUUAAAAGUAGCUAGUAUGGAAACGUGGACUAGGUGUGCAUGCUAGCAAUUUCUAAACUUAUUUACAAAACUGCUUUAAACUCUGGUUAGUGAAAGCAAGUUUGGAUAAAAAUGUGGUUUCAGACCCUUGCUUGCUCACUACAGUGGAACCUUGUGUUACGUACUGUCCUCCUUGCGAACGCUGCUGGUUACGAGCUCCGCUAACCCGGAAGUAGAUGUCCCUUGUUGCGAACUUUGCCCUGGGAUGUGAGCGGAAGUCGCGUGGCGACUGCGGGAAGCGCCAUUAGCAAAAGCGUGCCUCAUGUUACGAGCAGUUUCAGCUUAAGAACAGAUCUCCAGAACGAAUUAAGUUUGUAAGCGGAGGUACCACUGUAUAGCUUAAAUUAAACAACUGUUUUCUAGUUUGGAUGUCUUCUAAAGAUAGUGAGGCACCUGUUGCUUAAUCUUAACAGUCAGAAGCAUGCCUCUUACUGCAGAGUUUAUCAUCUUCUGCUCAGGGACACUUUGUUCAUGACGUGUCAUUCCUGCUGCCACAGAAACAUACUGCCAAUUUAUGUUUAUCUCUUGUGACAGGUAAUGCAUUCACUUUAAGAAUGAUGCAGACAAUGUUCCUCCUGCAAAGUGAAGCAAUAAGUAGGAAGCUCAUGUGUCUGACAGUAAGCCUAGCCAACAUUUUGGACUGGAAAGAGAUAUUAUUGAUGUUGUAUUUUGACAUACAGUUGAACCUCGGCUUACAUACUCUUCAGGUUACAUACGCUUCAGGUUACAGACUCUGCUAACCCGGAAAUAGUACCUCGGGUUAAGAACUUGGCUUCAGGAUGAGAACAGAAAUCGUGCUCUGGUGGCGCGGCGGCAGCAGGAGGCUCCAUUAGCUAAAGUGGUGCUUCAGGUUAAGAACGGACCUCCAGAAUGAAUUAAGUACUUAACCUGAGUACCACUGUAUAACCAUCUAUGAAUGAAAGCAAACUGCGAUAUUGUUAUGCAACUGUAAUCUUUCUACAUAGCACAUGUAGCAUAUUUAUGAGCAUCAUGUGGUGUUAGAAGCAUACCUGUUGUGCUGCCCAUGGACCAAACAUGAACAUUUCUAAAGAAAAAGAAACUAGUAUUUCUCCAUCUGCCCACCCCCCACCCCAAUUCUUGAAAGUGACAUGUAAUCUUUUUUUUAAAAGGUAUUUAGCCUUGAUCUUGGAGGAAUAUCAACUAUUGUCCUGAAUGGCUAUGAUGCAGUAAAAGAAUGCCUUGUUCAGCAGAGUGAGAUUUUUGCAGACAGGCCAUCUCUUCCUUUGUUCAAGAAGCUGACAAAAAUGGGAGGUAUGUGUUGUUGUUGUUGUUUUAAUAGAGUCUUAUUAGUGUAUUGGGUAUAUGCUUUUUAAAAAGGUGCCUGCAAUUCUGUCUUCUUACUAACUUUAAAGAAACAAUCCUGAGAGCAUUUUUCAUUUGUGUGUGCUUUCUGACUUGGUCUGCAAAAUUCCUCAAGCUCUGUUCCAAAGGGCAAUGUUGGGAAAUCAAACUUGAAGCUGGCUGUUGAUGUGCACUGUUGGAAAUGUUGUCCUUUAGCCAGGAAGAAUAAGACGGCUUCAUACUUAGGCAGGCUAUAUUUCUAAUCAUUCCAUCCCUUGAAGUCUGCCCCCCACCCCCAACUCUACCCACCUCAUAGGCUCAUUUCAGUAAACAUUACAGCAAGAGCGCAGUGGAGGCAGCAACAAUAACCCUCCUGCAAUCCCUUUCUCUUACACAGUACUACUUCUGACAAUCAAAUGUGGGGAGGAACAACUGGAAGAGUGAAGGGGGUGGCCUGAGGCACUUGAGUAACGCCCAUUCAUUCGUGUGCCAAGGUUAAUGCACACAUAGGAAGCACUGCAACAUUUUGGUAUUUGUGUAUUUCACGAAGGUAUGUUUAAUACACAAUUCUUUUUUAACUGUAGCUUUGCUACCUUUGCUUUUAUCAUUGUGAGAAAUCCAUUGUAGAACUAGCAGGUUGCCAUUGUUUAGGAACCUUUACUACAGUGGUUCAGCACCUGUUUUUAUUAUUAAUAUUUACUGAAUACUGCCCUAUACCCGGAGAUCUCAGGGCAGUUCACAGAACAAAGACGUGGGGGGGCCUUGCAGCAGUAUAACAGAAAGCUAAAUCUGCCACAAUCUAGUAGAAAACAUGGACAAAAUGUAAGAAUAUGCUAAACUGUUUCAUUUAAAUUGACUGGACUUUAUAAAAGUGCUUAACUUGUGCCCUAGACUUGUCCCUCUCUGCCCCUACUCACUGCUUGCAGAUUUGGAGCGCAUUGAUAAUCUCAUGGGUUGUUUUUUUUCUUUCAUUUUUCAUUUGUACAUUCCUUAAAUGUUCCUUAAAAGAUAUUGCUGAAUUGCAUUUAAUACCUUUUAUAAAUGCCUUUCAUUUAUUAAAAACAAACCAAUUCUCUAAUGUUUAUGCAACAGUGAUUUGCAGUUGACUUAAGCUAGUAAUAUCAAAAUGGGUGGGCUCAAAUUUGUGUGGCACCCUAGUAAAUUGGCAUCCAGAACCCCAUGUGGGAAAACAGAGGUGACAUUGAGCAGAAAAACCAAUGGGAAGUGUUCUCUUCCAUGACACUCCUCCACUUAGAAUUGUAUCUUCCUAAGACUUCUUAUUAGCUUAUGAUACUCUGUUUACAUGUAUUUGCAUGUAAUGCUUAGUGUACUCUGCAAACUAGAUUGGGAGACCAAGAUACAUAGCUAAGUAAUACAUUGGUACCUCUAGCUGCGUUCCACUCUUGUUAUGGACUUUCAGCUUACGAACGUGGCAAACCCGGAUGUGUUUACUUCCGGGUUCGCCGCAUGCACAGAAGCGAUCUGCACGCUUCGCACAUGCGCAGAAGCACUCGAUAGCACAUGCACGGAAGAGGUGCUCUAGUUGCAGACUUUUCGGGGUACAAACGGCACCCUGAAAUGGAUUAAGUCUGCAACUAGAGGUACCACUGUACUCUCAUGACAAAGAAGCACCUUCAUGUGGUAGCAUGCAGUUACGGCAGUUGUGUUUGAAAAUCAUUGCUUGUACAUGUUCAGUGCUGUAGACAGUGUUAAGAGCUGAAAACAUACCCUUUAAAAAGCAAAAAUGAAAUAUAUCUUGGACACUAAAAUGAAAAGCACCCCAAAUUACUAAGUGCUUGAAACGCUUCAAGGUGAUGAAAGCUCCAGAGAUUGAGUUUAGUUUCUUCUGGGCAUGAGAGCAUUGGAGAAUUAACGUGUCCUUGUAAAACCUUAUUUACAAUCAGAGUUGGAAGGGACCCUGAGGAUCAUCUACUCCAACCCCCUGCAAUGCAGGGAUAUGCAGCUGUCUCUUAUGGGGAUCGAACCUACAACCUUGCCAUUGUUAGCACCGCACUCUAACCAACUGAGCUAUCCAGCUAGCAGGCAACUUAGUCACUAGUCCUGCAUCAAGUUCUCAAAGAUACUAACUGCACCCUAAGGGAUACAUAAGUUUUAGCCAACUUUAUUAAUAAAAAAUAUAUAUAAAUUAAAAGAUUUUUUUAAAAAAAGUUUUCGGAAGAUUUUAAAAUUGCAUGUAAAUCUAUUUAUCUGUCUUCUGUAAUUUUACAGCAAUUCAGUUCCUCAAGCGUAAUCUAAAUUAAAAAUGUCUUUAAACAAGUUUUGUCACUCUAACUCAAGCUGCUUUUCUACGUCACACUCUGUUUCAAAAGCUGUUUACCUUGUGGGAUAGGUGAGAAGGUAUACUGGUUUGCUGUUAAGAAACACUCUCCUCCCACACACACACACAAAAUCUUGGAUGUACAGAAAUAGUUGGUUGAUCUUUAUAUCUUUGCCUAGCACUACCUGUCUUAGUGCCUGCCUCCCCACCCCCCGCUUGACUUUUUGUAUUUGUAAAUAAACAUCUGUAAAAAAGCCUUUCCCCCCUGCUUGUCCUUUUGUAUUUGUAAAUAAGCAUCUAUUACAUAAAUCACCAGUAUACACUUUACAAGAAAACUGGCUUAGCCAAAGGCUACCUUGAAACUUCAGAGAAGUGGAAAAGGCAAAUUGGCAUUAAAAUUAACAUUUUUACGCAUGCAGUUCCCAAAGUGCUAUAAACAGGUUGCAUUUUGAGUAGGUAUAAUGUUGCAUGCACUUAAAAACAUGGGACAUAAUUCAGAAGUCUUUAACUCUAGAAAGAUAACAGUAAAACUAAUUCACUAUGAUAAAUUGAGGAUACCGUUUUUGUUUGUACGUGUGUGUAACUAUGUGUGUAGCUGCAGAUCAUAGAAAGAUCAUAUGUAUGAAAGAGGAAGUAAGAUCCUGGGUUAAGCAUAUUGACGCUCAUAUAUUUCAGGUUUAUUGAACUCAAGUUAUGGCAGAGGUUGGACAGAGCAUCGCAAGCUGGCUGUAACAUGCUUCCGUAUUUUUGGAUAUGGUCAAAAGUCCUUCGAAAGCAAAAUAUCAGAAGAAUCAGUCAUUUUCCUUGAGGCCAUUGAUACCUAUAAGGGCAAGCCUUUUGAUCUGAAAUACUUGAUAACAAAUGCAGUUUCAAAUAUUACUAACUUGAUUCUUUUUGGAGAACGGUUUACAUAUGAAGACACUGAAUUUCAGCAUAUGAUGGACAUAUUUAGUGAAAACAUUGAACUGGCAGCUAGUUCUUCUGCAUUUUUGUACAAUGCUUUUCCAUGGAUCGGUGCCUUGCCCUUUGGAAAGCAUCAGCAACUCUUUAAAAAUGCAUCUGAAGUCUAUACUUUUCUACUCCACCUUAUUGAGCGUUUCUCACAAAAUAGGAAACCUCAGUCACCAAGGCAUUUUAUAGAUGCAUAUUUUGAUGAGAUGGACAAAAAUAAAAAUGACCCCGAGUCUACAUUUACAACAGAAAACUUAAUUUUCUCUGCUGGAGAAAUAAUAAUUGCUGGAACAGAAACUACAACAAAUGUUCUAAGAUGGGCAGUGUUGUUCAUGGCUCUUUAUCCUAAUAUUCAAGGUAAGUUAUGCCAUAUGCCGUGAUGUGUUUUGCUUUUUGAUUAAGAAUGUGCAUUCCAAGCAGGGUAUUAACAGCACUUGUUAAAUCUUUACCCAAUCUGAAUACAUUAGGUUGAAACUAGAGUUUGGUCCCACUUGAAGUUGUAUCCUUUGAGCAGAGUUUGUUCAGGAUGUGUCUGCUGGUGGAAAAGGGGCCUAUUUCCCAACUUACCCUUCCCACUUACUGACUCCAUGCUGUUCUAGAGUAUUCCGCAAGACUCCAGAGUAGAUUUUAACAGGGAAAGUAGGGGAGGGAAACUGCAUCAUCUAUUCAGCUGACUGGAUUGGAGUACAGUUGUACCUUGGAAGUCGAACGGAAUCCGUUCCAGAAAUCUGUUCGACUUCUAAAACGUUCAAAAACCAAAGCCAAUCAGAAGCCACGGAAGCCCUGUCGGACAUCCAGGUUCCAAAAGAACAUUCAAAAACUGGAAGAAUCACCUCAGGGUUUGUGAUGUUCGGGAGCCAAAACAUCCGAGUUCCAGGGCAUUCACGAUCCAAGGUACGACUGUAUUUGGUUCAAAGGUCACAUCUGACACUAUAAAGUAUUCUUAUACCACUUCAACAGUCAUGAUUUCCCCCAAAGAAUCCUGAAAAUUGUAGUUACCCCUCACAGACCUACAGUUCACAGCACCCUUAACAAACUACAAUUUCCAGGAUUCUCCAUGACUAGUGGAUGUGGCUAAUGUACACAAAAUCAGUGACGCUACAAGUAUAUUUAAAGGUUUCAUAGUUAAAUGUAGAAUGAACGUUUCUACUUAUUUUUGCCAAACCGUUACUCAAUAAACUAAAAGCUUUUUCUCCAACAGGGCAAGUUCAUAAAGAAAUCGAUUUAAUUAUUGGGCCGAACAAAACACCUUGCCUUGAAGAAAAGUGUAAAAUGCCAUACACUGAGGCAGUACUACAUGAAAUUUUAAGAUUCUGUAACGUAGCUCCACUAGGUAUUUUCCAUGCGACUUCUAAGGAUACAGUUGUACGUGGCUAUUCUAUCCCUCAAGGCACUACAGUCAUUACAAAUCUCUACUCUGUACACUUUGAUGAAAAGUACUGGAGUAACCCUGAAAUGUUUUGUCCUGAGAGGUUUUUGGACAGCUCUGGACAAUUUGUCAAGAAAGAAGCAUUCAUUCCAUUUUCACUAGGUAAGUGUACGUACUUCACCAAAAAUCUAGAAGCAACAAAUUUGUGACUAGAGCCAAAAUGGUUAGCAUGCUAUAUCUACCAACCAAAUAUUCCAAAGGCUUUGACUUCAUAAACUAAUUCAUUUUAAACUUCAGUUGUUCAUCAACUAAAUCAACUGUUUUAAUACAAAGGUUGUAAUGAAACCAAGGCAGUGAAAUCGUGAGCUUAGACUCAGGCUGAACUGAGUGUCGUAACAGUUCUUGUCUGAUUACUGUGCAUGAAACAACCCACUUCCAGUUUAGAAAGAUUUUUUAAAAUGGUAUAGGCUAGUGGAAUCUUGGCAACAGCAGCCUUAUCAGGCUCUAAAGAUUUCACUAUCCUGCUUAUCUGAGGGGGAAAUAACAUGUGGAUCUUGCACUGUGCUGGUAGGACAGUGUGUUCUUUACAGGAAAGAACUUCUCUCUGGAAUGUUUGGACAUCAGCCAUUGGUUUUCUCAUACUUGGGCUUAUAUGUAGUUUAUGCAGAACUGGUUUAUGAAAAUCAUAUGUUCAAAAGAAUUAAAUGAUGCAAUCAGGUUUUUACCAGAUUGGUAGUAAAGUAAUUUGAUAACCAUGUUUUUCCAUAUUCCAAAUUGUCCCUCUUUCGCUGCCUUAAUUUUAGAAUGGUGCCUAACCCUUUAACAACAUAGAUUAAUUAAUGCCUUACCAGAAUAGGAUUUGAUUUUUAAGAGAUGCAGUACUUUAUUAUCAUAAUGGCACCUGUACUUUUUGAUAAACGACAAAAAACCCUUAGCUCUUUUAAAAUACUAUUUUUCUUUCUUUCUUUUUUCCCUUCAGGGCGAAGGCACUGUUUAGGCGAACAGUUGGCCAGAAUGGAAAUGUUUUUAUUUUUCACCUCAUUACUUCAACAAUUUCAUCUGCAUUUUCCUAGUGGUUGGACUCCCAACCUUAAGCCAAAAUUAGGCAUGACUCUGCAACCCCAUCCAUACCUUAUUUGUGCAGAAAGGCGCUACUGAAGACACGCCUAGUGCCAACAGUUCGAAGUGUGAGGCCUUGGGGCCAGAGGCAUGGAAAUAUCAUGAGAAGUAAUGUUUUUGUUCCAUGCUUUCCUGACUCAGAUGCCCAAAUCGUUCCCUGUGUUGUUGUUUUUUUAAAUGCCUGUUGUCCAUCUUAAAAAUCCUUCAAUGGUGUGUAAGGACAUUGAGAGAGAUGGUUUUUGAGGGCAAGUGAUGGAGAAUGAGUAGAAGGUGCUCCACCGUAUUCUAAUGUGUGGUGAAUGGGAUACAAGUGUAAGAAUGGCCUGCUGGAUCAGGCCAAUGGCUCAUCUAGUCCGGCCUCCUGUUCACACAGUGGCCAACCAGAUGCCUGUGGGAAACCAGGGAGAAGACGCAAGAGCCGUCUCCUCUCCCAUGGCUUCCAGUAACUGAUGUUCAGAAGCAUUGCUGCCUCCAACUGCAGAGGCAGCAGCCAUUGAGAGCUCCCUCCUCCAUGAAUUCGUCAAUCCUCUUUUGACGCCAUCCAAGUUGAUGGUCAUCACUGCCUCUGGAAGGAGCAAGUUCCAUAGUUUGACUAUUCUGUCUUAAAUCUUCCAACAGUUAUCUUCAUUGGGUGUCCACAAGUUCUAGUGUUACGAGAGAGGGAGAAAAACUAUAAUUUUCCCUCUGUGUAGCAGUUACAGCAUGGGAUGCGGGUGGUGCUGUGGGUUAAACCACAGAGCCUAGGACUUGCCGAUCAGAAGGUUGACGGUUCGAAUCCCCGCAACGGGGUGAGCUCCCAUUGCUUGGUCCCUGCUCCUGCCAACCUAGCAGUUUGAAAGCACAUCAAAGUGCAAGUAGAUAAAUCGGUACCGCUCCAGCGGGAAGGUAAAUGGUGUUUCUGUGCGCUGCUCUGGUUCGCCAGAAGCGGCUUAGUCAUGCUGGCCACGUGACCUGGAAGCUGUACACCGGCUCCCUCGGUCUAUAGAGCGAGACGAGUGCCGCAACCCCAGAGUCGGUCACGACUGGACCUAAUGGUCAGGGGUCCCUUUACCUUUACCUUUAGAAGUUAUAGCCUAGCAAAAACUUUUCUGUACGUCAAGCUCACCCAUUUUUUUUUUUAAAAAAAAGGCUUUCAAGCCACUUUUUCACUCCACCAUUUCAUUAGUACUUGCCCUCCAACUUGUACAUAAGGCUGCACAACAGUCGUCCAUAGCACAGAAUAUUCCAUGAGUCUGGGAUUCUCGUUGGCUCAAAGGAGGAUGGUGGGGAAGAUGCGUGUACACAAAACCCUAUGAAAAUGCAACCUGUGUGAGGCACUCCAUUCUGAAGCUCUGGCAAAAGCCUUAAGGUGACUUUGCCUACGCAACCUAGUGGCGCCUAGAGCACUGAUGCAUUACAGAUUGUAAAUCUCUAGCUAUAAGCUGGAUAAUUUCUGGUUCAGGUAUCCUUUCAGCAAUUCCUUUAGUGCUGAAACAGUUGCAUCACUUUUUAUUUAAAACACACUGGUUUGGCAAUGAAGGGUGGAGUUUAAUUAUACUAAGGCAGACAUGUCCAAAGUCUGUUUCGGGGGCCUAAUCCAGCCCCCCGGUGGGUUUAAUCUGGCCCCUGUGGCAGUUUAUUUCCUAGGGUAAAAUCCUAAGAAACCCUCAGUUUCUUUGGGGUAAAAUCCUUUAAAAAGCGCAAGAACUUCAAUCCUAAAAAGGUCAACAACUUUGGCUGGCUCUUUGGUCGGCCCCCAUGGCCCUUCACUUCAUCAAAUCUGGCCCUCUUUGAAAAAAGUUUGGACACCACUGCACUAAAGGCAUGCAGGGGAGAAGACCUCUGAAGGCAGCCUUUUAGUAGGAGACACAGGACAGAAGGGAAAAACGCACACCAAAGCAACAGAAUGCGAGAUGAGGAAGUGGAGAUUCACUGCAUUUCCCACAUGCCCUUUUAGGUGUAACCCAUCUUAACAGGUGAACAUCCAUUUAGUCAACAUGCAGGUAACUAGUUUAGCCCUAAAUGAACCACUACCCUAUCUGCUACACUUUUAUUUGUAUUUCACCCUCCGAUAUAGGGCAAAUAAUGCUAGCUCUGCCUUUCACAUGGCUGUUGAAAAGAUUACUAAGGCAAUAGAAAUGAAGUGUUGUAUUAUAUAAGUGCUUUAAUUGAGAGCGGGUGUGGUGUAGUCAUGGCUGAGAGAGUAAACUAACAGGAAGCUUGUUCCUACAGCCGUGAAGAAAAUAAUGCUGACCUACUUUCGUAGUUGUACAGUUUAUUAAGAUAUUAUAUGUGAUUACAGAUGCUGUUGGUACACCCUAAAACGAUGCCGUUUGAACUACUGUAUCAAGUUGUCCACACUUAUAAUAGGAUUCUUUCCUCUUCUUUUUAAAAAACUUGUAAAUACUUUGCAGGUUCAAUUUACUUAAGGGUGUCUUGCCACAUACAUGCUUAUUUGCACUUCUUCAAAUGCUACCUGAGGUCCUUUCCUCAGUUGUGGGGAGCUGUUCAGUUAGUGUGGCAGCACUUGUGUUUUUAGAGGCCCGCUGAAAGCUUUGUUUUGGCAAAACAACACAGCAAUUCAAUUAUUAUUCAAUUACCUAUGUUUUUAUAUGGGUGUGUUUUUUUACGUAUUUUAUCUCUCAAUGGUUUUGUGGCAUUUUUUAAAAAUUAUACUGUGGAUUUUAGCUGUGAGUUACAAUCUUAUUGUACACAGCUUAGACCUCCUUAAGUGUCUUUUUAAAAGGUUUUUUAAAGUACCGUAUAUUCUAAAUAAAUAUUUAUUUGUAGAUUGGCCUGGCCAUUAGUCAGUAUGGUAACUUUUUGCUUUGCUUAUUAUAUUUGUUAUUUUAAGCAGCUGGGUAGCACAGACAGAGGAUUUAUUUUUUAUUUUUUAAAAGAAAGUCACUUUCAGCCUGCAGAGCCUCCAAGGAGAGGGAAACGGAGAGAGAUUCCACUGUUAAACAGAGUACAUGUUCAUACGUAACCCCACCCCACCCUACACCCCCUCACUGAGAAGAGAAAGAACAGAAGCUGCAGACAUUUUUAUGUAUACAUCUCUAUUAAUCUGCAAAAUGUCCUUGCUUCCGCAAAAGCCUCCAGGUCUAGUUCAUUCAGAACAAUAACUAUUAAACAUAUCUGAAAGAUGCCAUAUGUCCAACUUAACAGCUUCUUGGAAGGCAGCCAUAGCAGAGAGAGGGCAUGAGAACUUGGAAUGUUCUUUACUUCACUAUUUCUUCCAAAACACAAAAUGAAAGCUUUUUAUUAUGUUCAUUGUGACAGUCGGGAUUUGAAAAAACCAGGCUCCUGUCCUGGAUAAACAAGAGCCCUCUACAAAAAGGUGAAAUGGACUGGGGGCUAGAACAGGUUGAGCUGCUCAGCUACCUAAGCACUGUGAGAGGAAACAACCGAUGAGUCCAUUAAUUCCUAUGAAGAAUCUGGUGGCAGGGGGGCAUUAUGCUAUCCUUUCCCUUGGUUUUGUAAGCAGAAUUUCAGAAGCAGUGGCUUCUGGAUUUCUGUAGCACAGACUCAGCUUUUAGAAGGCAGGCCUUGUGACAAGAAGAAACAUUUUGGCUAGCUUCCAUGCAAAUAGCUUUACUGUGCCAGCACUUUUCCCUGAGCAAGUUGGACCCAUUAAAAUAAUGGAUCACAUUAAUAGAACAAACAUUAAUGUUCAGAUAACUAUUCUCAUGAUCAACGCAAAGAGCCUCUUAGAUAUAACUGCCCCCCUUCACACACUCGACACGAUCAUUUAUGAAAGCUAAUGGAAAGCAAGUCACCAUGUUCACAAUUUCACAUGUUGCUAUAAAUAAAGUUAAAUAUUUAUCCCCACAUGACUCAGUAAGGACAAUAUAUAAUAGCUGACUGCUGGCUUUCUACCAGAAAGAAAUGUUGACUCCUUAAAAGUAGGACUGAAGAAUUGACCAUGUGUAUGUAACACAAUUAACUGUUCAUUGCAUCCAAGAGAUGUCACCCUCCCCAUCCGUCCCACUUGCCAUGCCACGUACAAUAAUAAUUGUGGUUAAAAAUGCACCUACAAUAAUAUUGACAUUAAAAAAGAAAGGUCUUCUUACAUUAUGAUUGCCUGAUGGGCCAAGCUAUUCUAAAGUCAAAUAGACUGCUUCACACAGUGGUGGGGUCUCCUCCAUUAGAGGUUUUUAAGCAGGGCCAAUUGGGUGGUGUGUUUGUGUCAGGACAGUCAUUUGGUUCAGGACCUCAAGCUCGAAGGAGGGCUCAAAUUUAGACACUUGCUAAUUUUUUGGCAUUUGAUAAGCUUUACAACUUACAACUUCAGACCAAAAUGUGACACACUCAGCUAGAAAAGCCGACAUUAUUUUUGUGAAAUUAAAAAUAAAAUUGUGUCUCCCUGUG